GAGCGACGAUGGAUCGGAUGGAACGAUGGAUUCGAAUGCGACGAUCGGGAUCGGCGGACGGGAUGGAUUCGGAAUGGAUUCGGGAUGGAUGAGGAUGGAUUCGGAAUGGAUUCGGGAUGGAUGAGGAUGGAUUCGGAAUGGAUUCGGGAUGGGUCGGGAUGGAUAGGGAUGGAUAGGGAUGGAUAGGGAUGGAUCGCGAUGGAUCGGGAUGGAUUCGGGAUGGGUGAGGAUGAGUCGGGAUGGAUCGGUAUGGAUCGGUAUGGAUUGGGAUGGAUGGAUCAGGAUGGAUGAAUGGAAUCGGGUGAAGGCGAGAACAACAACGACGACGACAACGACGACAUCAACAAAGGACCGGGAUGGAUGAAUCGAGAAAAAAUUUAAACGAUGCUUCAGAAAAUCUAAUUUUUACAGAUCGACGCGACGACGAAGAUCAGGAUAGGUGGAUCGGAAUGGAUCGUGAUGGAUCGGGAUGGGUUGGGAUGGGUCGGGAUGGAUCGGGAUGGAUGGAAUCGGGUGAUGGCGAGAACAACGACGACGACAACGACAACAACAACAAAGGAGUGACAUGGUUGGAUCGGGAGAAGGCGAGAGCAAGGACAAGGAUGACAACGACAAGGACAACAAGGGAUCGGAAUGAUCUACAAUAAAAGCGACAACAACGAACAGGAUGAAUGGAUCGGAAUGGAUCGAAAUGGAUCGGAAUGGAUCAGCAACGACGACGACGACGACGAGGACAACAAAAGACCGAAAGGAUCGACGAUCAAGUCGACGAAGGAGGAUCGUGCCGGAAGGAUCGGGACGAGAGGACGAUGGAAAGAGGGAAUCCGGAAACACAGAAAAUGAUCUACAAUAAAAGCGAUAACAACGAACAGGAUGAAUGGAUCGGAAUGGAUCGAAAUGGAUCAGCAACGACGUCGACGACGAGGACAACAAAAGACCGAAAGGAUCGACGAUCAAGUCGACGAAGGAUGCCGAAUGGAUCGGGACCAGACGACGAUGGUAAGAUGAUGAAUUCCGGAAACACGAAAAUAAUUUACGAUAAAAGCGGUGACGACGACGAACAGGGUGGAUGGAUCGGAAUGGAUCGGAAUGGAUCAGAAUGGUUGGAUCGGGAGAAGGCGAGAACCACGGCAACGACGACGACGACGAGGACAACAAAGGACCGGAAUGGUAAGGAAAGAUUUGAAUGA